GACGCCCAUAGGCUUAGCAUGAACUCCAUCAUCAUCAAUUCAUGAGCGAAAUGGCAGAGAAAGACAAGGUGAUCCUACACGGGAUGUGGGCCAGUCCAUAUGCCAAGAGGGUAGAAUUGGCCCUUAAUUUCAAGGGCAUACCCUACGAGUAUGUGGAAGAAGACUUGAGAAAUAAGAGCGAAUUGCUUCUUAAGUACAAUCCGGUUCACAAGAAGGUUCCUGUACUUGUUCAUAAUGGAAAGGCCAUUGCUGAGUCCAUGGUGAUCCUUGAAUACAUCGAUGAAACAUGGAAACAUGCUCCCAACCUGCUUCCCAUCCAUUCCUACAGAAGGGCCCAAGCUCGCUUCUGGUCCAGUUUCAUUCAGGAUCAGUUGGUGGAGAAGACUAUUCUAGUAUUGAAAACUGACGGAGAAGCGCAACAGAAGGCAGUUGAACAAGUGUAUGAAAAACUAAAUGUGCUUGAAAAUGGAAUGAAGACCUAUCUGGCAGAACGCGAUGCAAAGGUGGAAAGCAACUUUGGAAUCGUGGAAAUUGUGUUUUGUGCAUUGUUUGGUUGUCACGAGGCUCAUGAAGAAGUUCUUGGCAUGAAAUUUAUAGUGCCAGAAAAGUUUCCAGUGUUAUUUUCUUGGUUGAUGGCCAUUGCAGAGGUGGAAGCAGUGAAAAAGGCAACUCCUCCACAUGAAAAAACAGUGGGAAUUCUUCAGCUUUUCAGGCAGUCUGCAUUGAAAUCUUCUGCUGCAGCCUGAUAUAGGCUUCACCAGUUCAAUGGAUUUUCUAUUAUUAUUUGCUUCUUCUGCAAGUCUUGAUAUAUCGUUCAGUAACAGGAUGAGUAUAUGUAACACGUAUAUUGUGACAAUAUUGUCUGUGGUUAUCUUUGAAUUCAAGUUUAAGGUAAAAAUAAAAAUAAAGUCACUUGAUUGUAAUAUUAAUUGUGAUCUAAAA